AAACCCAAAUCUAUGAAGUCAAAUUAAAUUGCAACAUUUACAACUGUGAGAAUACUGAAUCAGAGACAAGACUGAAUACAGAAUACUUAAUUUAAUUUAUUAAAUUAUUACUUAAAUACUGCUGCACACAAAACAUAUAAUAGACUGCUGCACUAGACAUCACUGGAGUAGUAAUGAGUGCUCUAGUGGACUACUUAAAAUCAGCAAAAAGGACAUUCAUUGAAAAUUUAAAUUCAUCUCUUGAUGUACAUAUUGUAAUUGGCAAUGAAUCUUGUGAUUUGGAUUCAACUGUGUCUUCCCUUGUAUUAGCAUUUUUUUUAGACAAAUACAAAAUUCCUCAAAUUCCUAAUUCAGCUAUAAUAAUCCCCAUAUUAAAUGUUACCUAUGAGAAUUUUUUACUUCGUACAGAAAACUGCUUUGUACUACAAGAAUGUGAAAUACCUCUGACAUCUUUAAUUUACAGGAAUGAAGUUAAUAUCGAGGAACUUUUAAAAACAAAACGGAUAACUGCCUCACUUGUAGAUCACCACGUUUUAUCAAAAAAUGAUUGCUUAGUAGAAUCAAGAGUAGUGGAAAUAUUUGAUCACAGACCAUUUGAUGUUAAUAGUAAAUGGAAGAAUCAAAAUAUUAAACUGAGAAUUGAAGAAGUAGGUUCAUGUUCCACUUUAAUUGCAGAUGAAAUUCUUCGGAGAGAUGAAAGUUUUUUAACUAAAGAUUUAGCAUAUAUGAUUUAUGAAACCAUCAUUUACGAUACUAUAGCUCUACGCCCCGAAAAUGGACGAGCGAAAGAAUUAGAUGUUAGUAUCGCCAAAAAAUUGGAAGAUAAGUUCUGUUUUAAAGAAGGAAGAGGCAUAAUUUAUAAUAAAUUAUGGGCAGCGCAUAAUGAUGUUUCACAUUUAUCUCCGAGGCAGAUUUUAUUAAAAGAUUUAAAAAUUGUGGAAAAUAUACCUGUACCGGGUCUGCCAAUGUUAGUGCAAAAUUUUUUUAAAAUUACAGAUGCUUAUAAUGCAGUAGAAAACAUGGCAGAUGAAUACGAAGUUUCAUUAGUGAUUCUGAUAGGUUUAGACGCAUCUGAAGAAGUUAAGAGAGAUGUAGCUAUUUUCUGGAGAGACGAUGGUAUAGAGCUAAAAAAUAUGUUGUUAACAACAUUAACUAACAGUGAGGAAUUGAAGGGUUAUAAUUUCUGCUUCCAAGAAAUAAAUACAGGAUGUACUAAUGUUGUAUGUUUAAGACAAAACAAUGUAAAGUUAUCAAGAAAACAAAUUAUACCUUUAAUUAAAUAUGCUCUUUUGAAAAAUGGAAAUUAGUUA